CGCUUUCGAAUUUUACAGUAAACUUGUGUGUACUAGUAGUUCUCUUAAGUGAAACAUUAUAAAAUUUGCCAUCAAAAUGUCAAAUAAACAAGCGAACAAAGCUGCUUUUACUAAGGAAGAAGAAUUAUUGUUGCAAGAUUUCAGCAGAAAUGUGUCAACGAAAUCUUCUGCCUUAUUUUAUGGAAAUGCUUUCAUAAUUUCAUCAAUUCCCAUUUGGUUAUUUUGGAGAAUUCAUAUGCUAGAUUUAACUUCAUCGUUAGUAUGGUUUGCCUUAGUAACUGCUGGAAGCACAUAUCUUCUCGCUAUGGCUUAUUGUAACACAAAGUUCCAGCUUAAACAUAAAGUUGCAGUGAAGAGAGAAGAUGCAGUAGUUAGAGAAAUGACUAAAAAAUUGGCUGAAGAUAAAAAAAUGAGCAAGAAAGAAAAAGAUGAAAGAAUUCUGUGGAAGAAGAAUGAAGUUGCUGAUUACGAAGCAACUACUUUUUCAAUUUUCUACAACAAUGCUCUUUUCUUGGUGCUCGUAAUUUUCAGCAGCUUCUAUUUGUUGAGGUCAUUCACACCUGCAGUUAACUAUGUUCUCUCAGUUGGAGCGGCAGGUGGACUUUUAGCUUUAUUAUCUACUGGAACACAGUAAAUAGUAUUGUUUUUUUAUAUAAAAUGG